UAUUAGUAUUAAGGUAGAGUAAACAAAUGCAAUUCAUUUUUAGAAGGAAUAUCAUAAAAACUACUUUUUCUUUGACUAUGAGUGAUGGAUCACAAAAGUAGACUGCAAGUUGACCCCUUUGGCAUUUCCCCAUUCCCUAUAUAAAUUACUUCCCUCCACCUUGUUUUCACUCGUCUACUUGUCUUCACUUGCUAAUUCCUGCAUACAGUUCUCUCACUGUCAUUACUAAUCGAUCUUCGGAUACUGUCUUAUUCCAUCUCGGGUUUGCUGCAUACACCAUAAGGUUCCGAUCAUGACGUUUUCCGUGUCUAUGUACAAGCGAACAAUGUCUUUACUAGACAUACCUUCUGGGGUGUUCAAAUCCAACUUCUUUAGGCCAAGGCGAGAAAAAGAUAAGGUCGUGAUCCUACUAGGAGCCACAGGAACAGGCAAAUCUCGACUUUCGAUCGACCUCGCCACUCGAUUUCCGGCAGAGAUUAUAAAUUCUGACAAAAUACAAUUACAUGCUGGACUCGACAUAGCGACCAACAAAAUCCCUGAGGAAGAACGGUGUGGGAUUCCACACCAUUUGUUAGGUGUGAUACAUCCCAAGGCGGAUUUUACAGCGACGGAUUUUGUCGGCAUGGCUUUGGAUGCCAUGGCUUCGAUUUUGUCCCGCAGCCAGGUCCCGAUCAUAGCCGGAGGCUCGAAUUCGUACAUCGAGGCCUUAGUGGACGACGAAGAUUUCCUGUUCCGAUCAAAAUACGAAUGUUGCUUCCUCUGCGUAGAAGUAGCAAUGCCGGUGCUCGAUCAAUAUGUAUCCGACCGAGUAGAUAAGAUGGUCGAAAUGGGAAUGGUUGAUGAAGUGAGGAAAUUCUUCGAUGCCAACGCGAACUACACAGUGGGGAUUAGGAAAGCCAUCGGCGUCCCGGAAUUCGACCGCUACUUCAGAGCCGAACCGUUUUUGAACAAACGAGAACGCGAUGAACUGCUGCAAGAAGCAAUACAAGAGAUCAAAAGGAACACCCGGAAAUUAGCUCGUCGACAAUUGGAAAAGAUCCAACGGCUGAUAAACAAGAAGAAUUGGCAGAUACAGACUGUCGACGCCACGGAGGUUUUCCUCCGGCGCGGCAAAGAAGCAGACGAGGCGUGGGAAAAGCUCGUAGCCGGACCUAGUACGGAGAUAGUGGCAGAAUUUCUAUAUAAUUUCAGCUCCGAGACCCUGGUUAACAAUCCCUCCAUUAGAGUGCCCUCACUCCCUUGUGGCAUCAUGCUGUAAAAUCACAUCUGACCCAGGAAUAACUAGUAAAUUGAUACUCUUUUUAAAAAAAAAAAAUAAUGGAGAUAUGCUACUUAAUGGAACUCACUUUUUGGAAAGAAAAAAAAAAGAUGCUCAA